AUGACUAGUGAAGAAGCUGAGUUGAGGAUAGAUCAUAGAGAUGAAUUUGGUAGAAUACAGAGUGCUAAGGAGGCAUUCCGGACUAUGUCUUGGAGAUUUCAUGGUAAGGGUCCUCAUUGGAAGAAUGUUGAGAGGAGAGUUAAUAGGAUACAGAAUGAUAUUAAACACAUCACAAGUGGCACCAACAUUAAGAGCAUUAGAGAGAGUACAGAAGAAUGA